GUUGGCUGCGGAUCGACGGUGAAGGUCCGACCAAUGUUUGUCGGUCUCUUCAGCGGCUGCGGCUCCGUAAUUAAUUGCAGCGAUCUGUCUCCUAUCGACGUGUGUGUGUGUGUGUGUGUGUGUGUGUGUGUGUGUGUGUGUGUGUGUGUGUCCUCCUCUCUGCUCCCGAUCCGAACAUGAAAUAGUUUGUUGGGCUACACUCUUCUCCUCCUCCUCCUCCUCCUCCUCAUCCUCAUCCUCGGCCGGGACACACAGAGACGCAGCUGCGCUCGUCGCCAGUCUCCCCCUCCGCCGCGCGGUGAUGUUGGACAUGGGAGAGCGCAAAGAGGUGAAAAUGAUUCCCAAAUCUUCGUUCAGCAUAAACAGUCUGGUGCCCGAGGCCGUGCAAAGCGACAACAACCACCACCACCACCAGCAGCACCACCAGCAGCAGCAGCAGCAGCACCACCUCCACCACCUCAUCCACCAGAACCACCACCACCACCGGCCCGGCGGGGCGGACGAACCCGAGCAGAAGGCUCCUCCGCCGGCCCAGCAGCAGCAGCCGCCGCCGCCGGACGGGAAAGAGGAGCCGAAGAGCGACGCGUCGAGCCCGGAGCAGGAGAGCGGCCCGGACGAGAAGGAGAAGCCGGACGAGAAGAAGGACGCGGACGGCGCCGCCGCCGGAGCGAAGGACGGAGACAAGAAGAGCGGCAAGUACGAGAAACCUCCGUUCAGCUACAACGCGCUGAUCAUGAUGGCGAUCCGGCAGAGCCCGGAGAAGAGACUCACCCUGAACGGCAUCUACGAGUUCAUCAUGAAGAACUUCCCGUACUACCGGGAGAACAAGCAGGGCUGGCAGAACUCCAUCCGCCACAACCUGAGCCUGAACAAGUGCUUCGUCAAGGUGCCGCGCCACUACGACGACCCGGGGAAGGGCAACUACUGGAUGCUGGACCCGAGCAGCGACGACGUGUUCAUCGGGGGGACCACCGGCAAACUGCGGCGGCGCUCCACCACGUCCCGGGCCAAGUUGGCCUUCAAGCGCGGCGCGCGGCUGACCUCCGGACUCACGUUCAUGGACCGGGCCGGCUCCCUGUACUGGCCCAUGUCCCCCUUCCUCUCCCUGCACCACCCGCGGGCCGGCGGCGCGCUGGGCUACAACGGCAGCUCCUCGGGCUACCCGGCCCACCCCAUGUCCUACAGCACCAUGCUCAGCCAGAACAUGGCCAGCAACCACUCGUCGUUCCCGUCCUCCAACGGGCUCAGCAUGGACCGGCUGGUCGGCGGGGAUCUCCCCUACGCGACGCACCACCUGACGGCCGCGGCCCUCGCGGCCUCGGCGGUGCCCUGCGGCCUCUCCGUGCCUUGCUCCGGGGCCACGUACUCCCUGAACCCGUGCUCGGUCAACCUGCUGGCCGGGCAGACCAGUUACUUUUUCCCCCACGUCCCGCACCCGUCCAUGACCACGCAGCCCGGCGGCGGCGGCUCCCUGCAGGCCGCCCGGGCCUCGGCCUCCAACUCCCCGCAGGCUCCGUCCUCCUCGUCGCUGCCCUGUGACUCUCUGAGGCCGGCGCUGUCCGGCUCUCUGCCGGCCUUCUCCACGGGACUGUCCGGGAGUUUGUCUGACUAUUUUACGCAUCAGAACCAGGGUUCGUCCUCCAACCCGCUUAUACACUAACAUUCCGGAAGCCUCCCCCCCGGCCCGGCCCGGCCCGGCCCGGCCCGGCCCUCUCCCCCUCCACCUCUCAUCCUCUCAUCCCCCCUGAAGGAGUGAAGAUCUUAAAAUGUCUGGAACUGUAAGUUGAACAUUUUUCACUGAACAUUGACGUUGUACAAAAAAAAAUCAAAAAAAUCAAAACUGAUAAAGAACUAGAGACACAGAUGAGCAGAGAGACAGUGACGCAAAGCAGCGCUGACGUUUCCAGGUAUUUUAUUAUUAUUAUUAUUAUUGUUAUGAUUAUUAUUAUCAUCGCUUCUUCUCCUCUUCCUCUUCUCCUCUUGCAGGUUUGAGUUGUGUGUAAAUACAUAAUGUGUCUGUUGCUGUCGGUGUCCGGGCCUCGUGUCUGUAGUUGUGUCGGUGAGCUGACGAUGAUGAUGAUGAGGAUUCUGUUUCUUCUUCUCGUUGUUGGAGGAGGCUUCAAUUUUUUAUAGAAUGUGUAUUGAAAAAAUAAAUAGUUUUGUCUAAUUUUGAGAUUUAAAAAAGGUACAAAAUAAUAAUAAUAAUAUUAAUAUUAAUAUUAUUAAUAAUAUCUGUGAUCGCCGGCCUCGCCCGCCCGCAUGCCUGCAGUAUUAUCAGGUCUCGUGCGGGUCAGAGAAUGAGAUGAUUUCAAUUGACAACAUUUAAACACAAUUUUUUAUUAAAUGUAAUUGUUAUUGUCUAUACAGUGAAAUGUUUCGGGUUCUUUUCAAAGCAGGAAGUGACGUCACUCCCGCUGUUAAACGUCCCGAGGCUGUUUCUCUUCAUUCAUUUCAACUUUUUUUUUUUUAGACCAAAGAAUAAUUUUUUUGUAUUAUUUUAUAAUAAAUGUAGAAUCAGUAUUGAGACGCGUGAUGAUGAUGAUGAUGGAGUGAGGGAUGAAGAUGUGAGCGACACCUCCGUCACUGUAGAAAAUCUUAACGAGAUUAUAAUUAAUAUUAUUUUCACCGAAGCAGAUUCAUUUUUUUUUCAAAACCCGCGUUUUGUUAAUUUGCAAAAAUGUGAACGAGGUUUUUUUUUUUUUUAAAUUUAAAGAAUAAUUGUUCAGCAGGAUGUUUGUGGUGCAGCUGCUUUAAUCCUCCAAACGUUUCUCUAUUUUGAUUAUUAUUCAUCGUUAAAUUAACUUUAUUUAAUAAAAAAAAUCACAUUUCCGCGAUAAAACGGUCUCGUGCAGUCGAACGGAACUAAAACGCGCGCGUUCACGUUUCUUCUUCUUCUUCUUCUUCUUCUUCUUCUUCUUCUUCUUCUUCUUCUUCUUUCUAUUUCCUGUCUCUUUAGUGACGCACAGACAGAAAAUGUCUAUUUGUCAGAACCCGGGUUUUAAAAUUUUUCUUCAUCGGGAAGAAAAAAUGCAACAAAAAAAAUUUAAUAAAAAAACCCGUUUGUUUGUUUAACAGAAGAGAAAAAACAACAACAUCCGGCUCCUGAUCUUAAUAACAAUAAUAAUAAUAGUAUUAAUAAUAAUAAUAAUAAUGAUCUUCUGAAUGAUUUUGUCUGUAAGUGUCGUCUCUGGACCAGAUGUUCAUGGUUGUGAUGAUAUUGUGUCUGAUUCUUCUUCACGUGUUUGUCGCUUAUCAAAGUUAAAAAAGAAAAAAAGGAGAAAAAAAUGUUUUAAUCAUAAAAAAUACAAAUAAAAGAAUAGGUUACAUUCAUAACUAACGGAAAUUCACUUUGUCUUCUUUCUGCUUCCGGUCCGUGUGUCACUCAUUUUAUCAACAGGUUCCAAAUAUAAAACUACUUUAUUAUUUAAACAUUAUUUUACUUUCAGAUAUUUUAGAGGAAAGGUUAAUGUAAUGUUUUUAUUAUUAACGCGGCUCUUUGGAUUUUUAAUAUUUCAUCUGUUCUUCAUCAGAUAAUUCAGAAUCUGUUGGAGACAAAAUAGAAAAAGAAAAAAA